AUCAGUUCGUUGUCGUCAGUCAGUCAGUUCAGUUCGGUUUCCCAGUCAGCCGCAGCAGCAGCACCACAGUCCGAGAAAAACCAUCCAAGGCAGCGAAUUGGAGCAGGAACAACAACAUCAGCAGUAGCAGCAGCAGCGGCUUGAGCAGCAGGAAAAAGUAGCAGCAUUGCCAGCAGCAUUAGUAGCAAUAGCAGCCACAAACAAAUCCGGACUCAGUGGAUGCAGAAAGUUCCCCAACUAAAGCAGCCAAAAUCGAAUUAGUCGAACUCGAGAGGAAACUCAAUUCCACGGUGCGUGAACUGUCCCCGUGGGUGUGCGUGUUCUGUCGGUGCGUGUGUGUUUGUGUGCGUGAGUGUCCUUGGCUGGCUGGCCAAAAACAAAAACAAGAAAGCAGAGAAAACAGAGAACACAGAAAGCUGAAAACGUAGGAGUAACCGUCAAAAAAAAUAAAAGCUAGUGCGAAAUUCGGAACAGGCGCCGCCGCCAGAACUCCGGCACAGGCAUAGACCAUACAUAUGCACUGCAGCAAAUCAGGCCAGGCCGCAGCAGGAAAAUCAAUGCUCGGUUAAAGCCACAAAUUGCACAGAUAGACGCGCGCCGCGAAUCAAAAACGAUAAAGAACCAGCGAGAAUAAUAAUCGACUGCAAAACUCCGAACACCCCCUCCAGCCCCACUCCACUUCGCCCCCCUCCGGUCGCCAUGUUGUUGGGCUAGCACACACACACACACACAUAGCAAAACGCACGCAGUAAAAUCGCCUGGACAGCAGCAGCAGCCAAGCUGAGCUAACUGUAAAAAGCAAAGAGACGCCGCCUGGUUAGGCCAUCAGUGUGGAGGUGCAACGGGGGCAAGCGGACGAACAGGAGAGACAGGGAAGAAGCGACGCAGAGAGCAGCAGCAGCGGCAGCCCAGCAGAGCUAACUGUAUUCAGGAAGAGGCUGCUGCCACAACAGUAGCGUCCAUCAAGUUAGGCUCACCCCAAUAAUCAAUCGCAGCCGAGGAAUAAUCAAUCGCUCUCAAGCCUGCCGACAUCUCCAUUCAAAAAAGGCCUAACCAAAGCAGCGAAGUAAAUCAAGGAAAGAACAUAAGCACCACAAGCCAAUUCCAGAAAAGAAAAUCCAAGAAAAACGAAAUAAAUAGGAAAAACUAUCAACAAAAAAAUUUUAAUAAUAUAACUAAAUUUUCUAAUGAAGACAUCUGUGAUUUGCCUAUAAAAAAACAUAAAUUUAUAAAAACCAAACAAUUAUUUUCAUACUGCACUUUUUCAAAAAACCAAAAACAAAACAUAACUAAAAACAAAACCGAAAACAAUUUAUUUAAUAAAUUUCAAAGCAUAGAUAACGAAUAAUUCGGUGAGAGUAUAAAAUAGAAAAUAAAUAAAUAUAUCGCGCACGCAACGCUGACACGCCUCGAGGAUAAAGACGAAAAAAAAAAACCGCAAACUAAGACGAAGCCGCACCACACCAAAAGCAGAAACCGCAGCGGAGGCAGCCACAAAUUCACACAAGGUCAACGGAAUUAAUAUUUUUUAAAUGGAAAUCAUUCCUGAAGGUAAACACUUUCGUUUGGUGCAUGAAUCAGAGCUUCCAGAAAUUUUGGUAACUUUAGAACGCUAUUUGCCGGAAUCAUUAAAGUUUCAUCAAACCAUAAAAACGUACCUGAAUGAUCGUAUUUGGGAUUUCAAGUUUUAUGUUGCUAAAGAUUGGCCCGACAAACCGAUAAUUCUCCAUUUUCCAGGAUGCACGCUUGCGCCGCACAACAAUAUAUACCAAACGCUUGGCAUAUUUUGUCCAUCCGCACACAUCGAGCAUGUCGAUAUGCUGCGCACCGAAGAUGUACUUAUAGAUUGGCAGAAGCCUAUGUACCUGAACUUUACGCACAUCGCCAUUAUGAAUCGCCUGGAUGACUUCUACUCCAAGUUCGGUGUGAUGGAACGACUCAGUGGUGAUAUCUACGUGUGCAACAAGCUGAACGCCGAUCUGGAGCUGGAUCCGCUGCCGGAGGAUGCGGAGAUGCGACUGCUGACACUGGACAAUGUCCAUGGCAUCCACGAUCUAUAUCCUGCCAAUGAAAUCGAGUGCGUCCAGCUGUUUGACAUCCUUGUCCGCAAGCUGCCCGGCCUGGGCAUUUUUCGCAAGGACACUGGAGAGCUAGCCGCCUGGAUGGUUCACUCCUACUAUGGCGCCAUGUUCUCAAUGCAAACACGUCCAGACUUUAGGCGAAUGGGCUAUGGCAUCCGGCUGGCCAAGUCACUGACCCAGCUAGUGAUCGAGCGCGGCUACACGCCCUUCGUUGUGAUACGUCCAGGAAACGAUGCGUCCCGUAAUCUGUACACCAAGCUGGGCUAUGAGAAGGCCUUCGAGACUUGCCGGGUCCGGAUGACGCCGGACUGUUACGAGGACAGCACCGUGGGCACAAUUGGGAACACAUCCUACGGCAAGUUUCCGCCGCUGCCGCAGGGCGAGUGCGUGGUGGUGACCAAGCUGGCGCGAAAGCAUGUGCCCGGCGAGAGCCAGACGGUGGAUGAGGGCAUCGAGGAUAUGUUGGCUGAAAAAUGUGAUAUCGGCGGCGAUGAGGCGAGGGAGCGCAAGACCACGACCGACGAGGGCAUCGGCGAGGACAAGUAGGCCAGGAUGCACCACAUAGAAAUGGAGAUGGAAGGUGGAUAGAGAUCGAUCGGAGCGCUACGCCUACGCUAAACUUAUGCUUAAAGCUGUAAGCACCCCUUAGGACUCUUUAGGACAGGAUGGAAAUAAGAAUGGAAGGCAGGACAAGGCACACAACAAGUGGCGUUGAUUUUUUAAACAAAAUUAUAUUAACGAGAAAACAAACAACAAAAAAAACCAAGGAGAAACUGUACGAGUAUAUUUAUAGAUGGUAUAUGAAGCUUCCUCACUCAGAACGCGAUGGCGUCGAUCCGUGACACGUGAAUUUCGGCCGGAAUCAAGGGAUUUAUUUUAUAUGGGUAUUUCAUUAUAUAUAUAUAUACAUGUAUAUAUAUGUAGGAUUCGAUGUCAAGCACUAAACAAUAACAGGGGGGAAUGAUUAUGAAAGCGCUGAAGUCCGAAAAUUUUAAAUGAAAAAUAUGGUAACCCGGAACAAAUACAGAGAGAACCGAAAACAGAGAGAAAUUUUAAUUUUUUGCUAAGAAUGCUUAUACAAAAAAACUGAACAAGAAACACAAACCAACAGCAGACCCAAGGAGCGCAUCAAUUUAUUAAAGAAAAACGAAAAAAAACUAAAAAACUAUUAUAAAUAUUAAACUCUAUAUAUCAAAUUGUUAAACAAACAACAACAAAAAAAACAAAACAUACACACAACUACUUCUCUCUUCUGGCUCUCCUCUAAACAGGAAGAUAAUUUUUGAAUCAAUCUCGCUUGGGCCAUGGAACAGAGCUUUGCACACAGACACACACACACUAUAUAUUCCUCUCCGUUUCCGAAUACCACAUAUAAAAUACAAAUAUAUAUUUUUCAAGUAACAUUAUGGAAUACUUUCGAUGACCCAAACAAAGUGCUUUGAUUUUAAACUACUUUUGGAUUUAUAGGCUUUUUCAAAUUUAUAUAUAUACAUAUACCCAAAAAGAAGCGAAAACUAAAACAAAAAUCCAAAAAAUAAAUAUAUAUAUAUAUUUUAUUAUUACGAAAUUUUAUUAAACUAUGCAAACACGAGUACUCAAUGAUUUUUGCUCCUAUUUAGCUGAUCUGAAACAAAAGGAAAACAAACAAAAUGAAACACGCCAAAGAUGUCUUCUGCUUCAUUUUUAAGUACAUACUUCCCCAACUUUUCCCAAACCCAAAUCCCCACUCUCUCUCCCUCUCCCUCUCCUAUAAAUGAUGACUCUUGAGUCUUCUGUGGAGGUUUUCUAUUAUAAAAACAAUGCAAAAACCGAAUCUCAAAAUAUGUAUAUGCAAAAGAAAAUCAAAUUUAAUGAAAAAGUUAUAUAUUACAACUGCUAUAUUGUAUGUACUCGAAACUAAAAAGAAAAAAAAAAACGAAUGAGAAACAAAAAAAAAAAUAAAACACAAAAAACUGAA